AUAUCCGGCCCGGAGUCACCCCGACAUGGCGAGUUUCAUCAAGCCCUACAACCCCCUGGUGUGGGUGUCGGUGUUUGUCGCCACCCUCUUGGUAUUCACCGCAUGCCAGGCUGUGCUGCGCGGAACCGACUUCCUCAACAAACAGGGCAGAGCCAAACUCUCCGUCACCCAAGCCUCGCGUAGUGCAGAGGACUCUGGUUUGCGGGGACGGAAAGAAGCGCCAGAAGGAAUAGAAAGGACAGACGGGGGAGAGGAACAUCUUAAGGAGGUGGAGACUUCUGCUGUUUGGAUCUGGGGAAUUCUUUUGUCUCAGAGCGUACCUUGGAUGCCCUCCAAAGACCUGGGGCGGAGUGUGGCAGCUCUGUGGCUAUUGAUGGCCUUCACGCUGGGCUCAGUGUAUCGCUCUAAUCUUAAGGCCAUGAUCAUCUAUCCCAGGAUCCACCUCCCCUUCUCCACUCUGGACGAGCUGCAAAGAACCGACAUCUCUGCCGUAAUCUUCAACGGCUCGGAAAUACACAAGCACAUCAAGGAUGCGGACAACAGCUCCAGCCUCGGGGGACUCCGGGACCAGGUGGACCUGUAUUACAACGAUCAGCUGGCCUUUGCGAUACAACAAGUGGUGAAAGGCAACGGUGCUGGCGUCUCCUUCACGAUGGGGAUCCUCUCCGUUAUGGACCAAACAUUUUCCCAGGUUGGCAAGUGCACCUUGUACAAAAUGUCCCGAGGCUUCCUUGGACCUCUGAGUCUCAGUGUGGCCUUCCCCAAGGGCUCCACGCUCAAGAUCAAGUUUGAUGACGUGAUCAUCAGACUGCGUGAGGCUGGCAUCAUACCCAAAUUGUUCAGGGACGGCCAGGUGAACGGCACUAAGUGCGCAACAACCGAGAGUUUGUUCCUAGCCGAGGUUAAAGAACGGCCUCUCCAUCUAAAGGAUUUCUAUGGAGUGUUCCUGGUGUAUGGCGGAGGGCUACUCCUAGCUGCGGGUGUUUUCUUGAGCGAAGUGUUCCGCGGAACACGGCGGCCAAGCAGAGAAAAGCCACCGGCACCGCAGCGCGCCAUCUCCCAAACCCAAUCACGGUUUGCCUCAGCCACAAUCCUGCGGGAACAUUCACGCCUGACAUUCUGAGAGGCGGUGACGGCAAUUAGCACCUUCUAGGAUGGUCUAAUCGUGUCUCGUACGGAUAUAUGUCUUUAAUAAUGAUUAUGAGUUAUCAAUGAUUAUGUUAUCAAUGAAAUACAACAUCCACACUCUUGUUAACUGGUAAGAACUCUGUGACUGUAAUGAACGACUCAUGUCAAGUUUGUACUUGGCGAACACAAUGAA